GGGAGCGCCAGUUCCGUCUGUGUGUUCGAGUGGACAAAAUGGCGAAGAUCGCGAAGACUCACGAAGAUAUUGAAGCACAGAUUCGAGAAAUUCAAGGCAAGAAGGCAGCUCUUGAUGAAGCUCAAGGAGUGGGCCUUGAUUCUACAGGUUAUUAUGACCAGGAAAUUUAUGGUGGAAGUGACAGCCGCUUUGCUGGAUAUGUGACAUCAAUUGCUGCAACUGAACUUGAAGAUGAUGACGAUGACUACUCAUCAUCUACAAGUUUGCUUGGUCAGAAGAAGCCAGGAUAUCAUGCCCCUGUGGCAUUGCUUAAUGAUAUACCACAAUCAACAGAACAGUAUGAUCCAUUUGCUGAGCACCGACCUCCAAAGAUUGCUGACCGGGAAGAUGAAUACAAAAAGCACAGGCGGACCAUGAUAAUAUCCCCAGAGCGUCUUGAUCCUUUUGCAGAUGGAGGGAAGACCCCUGAUCCUAAAAUGAAUGCUAGGACUUACAUGGAUGUAAUGCGAGAACAGCAUUUAACCAAAGAAGAGAGAGAAAUUAGGCAACAACUAGCAGAAAAAGCUAAAGCUGGAGAAUUAAAAGUUGUCAAUGGAGCAGCAGCGUCCCAGCCUCCCUCAAAACGAAAACGGCGUUGGGAUCAAACAGCCGAUCAGACUCCUGGUGCCACUCCUAAAAAACUAUCAAGUUGGGAUCAAGCAGAGACCCCUGGACAUACCCCUUCCUUAAGAUGGGAUGAGACACCAGGUCGUGCAAAGGGAAGUGAGACUCCUGGAGCAACCCCAGGCUCAAAAAUAUGGGAUCCUACACCUAGCCACACACCAGCGGGAGCUGCUACUCCUGGACGCGGCGAUACGCCAGGCCAUGCAACACCAGGCCACGGAGGUGCAACUUCCAGUGCUCGUAAAAACAGAUGGGAUGAGACCCCCAAAACAGAAAGAGAUACUCCUGGGCAUGGAAGCGGAUGGGCUGAGACUCCUCGAACAGAUCGAGGUGGAGAUUCAAUUGGUGAAACACCAACUCCUGGAGCCAGUAAAAGAAAGUCACGUUGGGAUGAAACACCAGCUAGUCAGAUGGGUGGAAGCACUCCUGUUCUGACACCUGGAAAGACACCAAUUGGCACACCAGCCAUGAACAUGGCUACCCCUACUCCAGGUCACAUAAUGAGUAUGACUCCCGAACAGCUUCAAGCUUGGAGGUGGGAAAGAGAAAUUGAUGAGAGAAACCGUCCACUUUCUGAUGAAGAAUUAGAUGCCAUGUUUCCAGAAGGAUAUAAGGUACUUCCCCCUCCAGCUGGUUAUGUUCCUAUUCGAACUCCAGCUCGAAAGCUGACAGCAACUCCAACGCCUUUGGGUGGUAUGACUGGUUUCCACAUGCAAACUGAAGAUAGAACAAUGAAAAGUGUUAAUGACCAACCAUCUGGGAAUCUGCCAUUUUUAAAACCUGAUGAUAUUCAGUACUUUGAUAAACUUUUGGUUGAUGUUGAUGAAUCAACACUUAGUCCAGAAGAGCAAAAAGAGAGAAAAAUAAUGAAGCUUCUUUUAAAAAUUAAGAAUGGAACACCUCCAAUGAGAAAGGCUGCAUUGCGUCAAAUUACUGAUAAAGCUCGUGAAUUUGGAGCUGGUCCUUUGUUUAAUCAGAUUCUUCCUCUACUGAUGUCUCCUACACUUGAGGAUCAAGAGCGUCAUUUACUUGUGAAAGUUAUUGAUCGAAUAUUAUACAAACUUGAUGACUUAGUUCGACCAUAUGUGCACAAGAUCCUUGUGGUCAUUGAACCAUUGCUAAUUGAUGAAGAUUACUAUGCUAGAGUGGAAGGUCGAGAGAUUAUUUCUAAUUUGGCAAAGGCUGCUGGUCUGGCUACUAUGAUCUCUACCAUGAGACCUGAUAUAGAUAACAUGGAUGAGUAUGUUCGUAACACAACAGCUAGAGCUUUUGCUGUUGUAGCCUCUGCCCUGGGCAUUCCUUCAUUGUUGCCCUUCUUAAAAGCUGUGUGUAAAAGUAAGAAGUCCUGGCAAGCGAGACACACUGGUAUUAAGAUUGUACAGCAGAUAGCUAUUCUUAUGGGCUGUGCCAUCUUGCCACAUCUCAGAAGUUUAGUUGAAAUUAUUGAGCAUGGUCUUGUGGAUGAGCAACAGAAAGUUCGGACCAUUAGUGCUUUGGCCAUUGCUGCCUUGGCUGAAGCAGCAACUCCUUAUGGUAUCGAAUCUUUUGAUUCUGUGUUAAAGCCUCUAUGGAAGGGUAUCCGUCAACACAGAGGAAAGGGUCUGGCUGCUUUCUUAAAGGCUAUUGGCUAUCUUAUUCCUCUUAUGGAUGCAGAAUAUGCCAACUACUAUACUAGAGAAGUGAUGUUAAUCCUUAUUCGAGAAUUUCAGUCACCUGAUGAAGAAAUGAAGAAAAUUGUGCUGAAGGUGGUAAAGCAGUGUUGUGGAACAGAUGGUGUAGAAGCAAACUACAUUAAAACAGAGAUUCUUCCUCCUUUUUUUAAACACUUCUGGCAACACAGAAUGGCUUUGGAUAGAAGAAAUUACCGACAGUUAGUUGAUACUACUGUGGAAUUGGCAAACAAAGUAGGUGCAGCAGAAAUUAUUUCCAGGAUUGUGGAUGAUCUGAAGGAUGAAGCUGAACAGUACAGAAAAAUGGUGAUGGAGACAAUUGAGAAAAUUAUGGGCAACUUGGGAGCAGCAGAUAUUGAUCAUAAACUUGAAGAACAGUUGAUUGAUGGUAUUCUUUAUGCUUUCCAAGAACAGACUACAGAGGACUCUGUAAUGUUGAAUGGCUUUGGCACAGUGGUCAAUGCUCUUGGCAAACGAGUCAAACCUUACUUGCCUCAGAUCUGUGGUACAGUUUUGUGGCGUUUAAAUAACAAAUCAGCAAAAGUUAGGCAACAGGCAGCUGACUUGAUUUCUCGAACUGCUGUUGUCAUGAAGACUUGUCAAGAGGAAAAAUUGAUGGGGCACUUGGGUGUUGUUUUGUAUGAGUAUUUGGGUGAAGAGUACCCUGAAGUAUUGGGCAGCAUUCUUGGAGCAUUGAAGGCCAUUGUAAAUGUAAUAGGUAUGCAUAAGAUGACCCCACCAAUUAAAGAUCUCCUGCCUAGACUCACCCCCAUCUUAAAGAACAGGCAUGAAAAAGUACAAGAGAAUUGUAUUGAUCUUGUUGGACGUAUUGCUGACAGGGGAGCUGAGUAUGUGUCUGCGAGAGAAUGGAUGAGGAUUUGUUUUGAGCUUCUGGAGCUCUUAAAAGCUCACAAAAAAGCUAUUCGUAGAGCCACAGUCAACACAUUUGGUUACAUUGCAAAGGCCAUUGGUCCUCAUGAUGUAUUGGCUACACUCUUAAACAACCUCAAAGUUCAGGAAAGGCAGAACAGAGUUUGUACCACUGUAGCAAUAGCUAUUGUUGCCGAAACGUGUUCACCCUUCACAGUACUACCUGCCUUAAUGAAUGAAUACAGAGUUCCUGAGCUGAAUGUCCAAAAUGGAGUCUUAAAAUCACUUUCCUUCUUGUUUGAAUAUAUUGGUGAAAUGGGAAAGGACUACAUUUAUGCUGUAACACCGUUACUUGAAGAUGCUUUAAUGGAUAGGGACCUUGUACACAGACAGACGGCUAGUGCAGUGGUGCAACACAUGUCACUUGGGGUUUAUGGAUUUGGUUGUGAAGAUUCACUGAAUCACUUGUUGAACUAUGUAUGGCCCAAUGUGUUUGAGACAUCGCCCCAUGUAAUUCAAGCAGUUAUGGGAGCCCUGGAGGGCCUGAGAGUUGCUAUUGGACCAUGUAGAAUGUUACAGUAUUGUUUACAGGGUUUGUUUCACCCGGCCCGGAAAGUCAGAGACGUGUAUUGGAAAAUUUACAACUCCAUCUACAUUGGUUCACAGGAUGCUCUCAUAGCACAUUACCCAAGAAUCUACAAUGAUGAUAAGAACACCUAUAUUCGUUAUGAACUUGACUAUAUCUUAUAACUUUAUUGUUUAUUUUGUGUUUAAUGCACAGCUGUUUCACCUCUUAUUGCUUCGAUUUGGUGAUGUAAACUUUUAAACAUUGCAGAUCAGUGUAGAACUGGUCAUAGAGGAAGAGCUAGAAAUCCAGUAGCAUGAUUUUUAAAUAACCUGUCUUUGUUUUUGAUGUUAAACAGUAAAUGCCAGUAGUGACCAAGAACACAGCGAUUACACACACUAUACUGGAGGGAUUUCAUUUUUAAUUCAUCUUUAUGAAAAUUUAGAAUUCAUUCCUUGUGUUUAAAGGGAAUGUUUAAUUGAGAAAUAAA